AUGUUCCCAAAGGCUGUGGUGCUGACCCUGGCCCUGGUGGCUGUCACCGGUGAGUGCCGGGCCGAGGUCAUUGCUGACCAGGUGGCCACUGUGAUGUGGGACUACUUCAACCAGCUGAGCAACAACGCCAAGGAGGCUGUGGAACAACUCCAGAAGUCAGAACUCACCCAGCAGUUCAACACCCUCUUUCAGGACAAACUUGGGGACAUGAGCACAUAUGCGGGUGACUUGCAGAAGAAGCUGGUGCCCUUUGCCACGGAGCUGCAUGAACGCCUGACCAAGGACUCUGAGAAGGUGAAGGAGGAAAUUCAAAAGGAGCUGGAGGACCUGCGAGCCCGCCUGCUGCCCCACUCCGACACGGUAAGCGAGAAGAUCGGGGACAAAGUCCGAGAGAUGCAGCAGCGCCUGGGGCCCUACGCGCAGGAGCUGCACAGCCAGGUCAACUCACAGGCAGAGGAACUGCGGCGCCAGCUGACACACUACUUGCAGGGCAUGCAGACCGUGCUGCGGGAGAACGUGGACAACUUGCAGGCCUCGCUGCUACCCUACGUCAAUGAGUUCAAGACCAAGAUUGACCGGAACGUGGAGGAGCUCAAGGGGCGCGUCAUGCCCGGUGCCAACGAGCUCAAGGCCAAGAUCGAUCAGAACGUGGAGGAACUGCGCGGCAGCCUGGCCCCCUAUGCACAGGACGUGCAGGAAAAGCUCAACCACCAGCUGGAGGGUCUGGCCUUCGAGAUGAAGAAGAAUGCCGAGGAGCUGCAGGCCAAGAUCUCUGCCGGUGCGGAGGAGUUCCGGCAGAAGAUGACGCCCCUGGUGGAGGAUGUGCACAGCCAGCUGAGGGGGAACACAGAGGGACUGCAGAAGUCGCUGGCGGAGCUGAGCAGCCAUCUGGACAGGCAGGUGGAGGAGUUCCGGAGCAAGAUGGAGCCCUAUGGGGAGACUUUCAACAAAGCUUUGGCGCAGCAGAUGGAGCAAUUCAGGCAGAAGGUGGGCCCCUAUGCGGGGGACAUGGAAGGCCACUUGAGCUUCCUGGAGAAGGACAUGAGAGACAGGAUCAACUCCUUCUUCAUCUCCCUGAAGGAGAGCCAGGAGAAGCCAGUGGCCCUCCCACUCCCCGAGCAGGAGCAGGAGCAGGAGCAGGUGCAGGUGGAGCCAGCCCCCCUGGAGAGCUGA